AUGUCUCAAUUCAGAGGACAAACACCAAACUUUGUCGAGGUGACAUAUGGUAUGGUACACACGGAUACCGCAACUCGAGGCAUCGGUAUUGGACAGUUCCAGAUGUGGCAAAUCAAAGCUCCAUGGUGCGAUGUUGCCAUUAGAGCCUUCCGCGAUCCCGAGAUGAAGCUCCCCAACGUGGUGUUUCUAUUCAUCAGCCUAGGCAUCUUCACUCUUGACGAUGCCGGUUCCCAAUCACUCGAUGCAUUUCUCGAGCGUCUACCAAAGUCAAACUUGAGCCUCGCGGACAUUAUAUCUCUUAAUCUCUCUAGAGAAGAUGUGAAGGUGGCAUGGGCACCCGGUAAUCUCCCUGCGCUCGCCAGCGAUGAACUGUGGUGCAAAUCCGUAGCCAGAGGCACUACGCUCCUGGAAGCCAUGUCCUACAACGACGCCGAUGCGGGCAAGAUGUUCCAACCUCACCGUCCCUUUGCUGGGAGCUUGUGGGGUCUCACUAGCAAUACACAGGCCACCUCAACCGAUGGGGCUGGCGAAUUACUGGCGCCAACCUCGUGGACUUCUGCAACUUUGAACCCGGUCCAACAGGCCACUGGGGCAUGGGACCUUUCUUGCGGGCAAAAGACUUUUCGACUAAGUGUACUGGUGAAGGGGGGAAUUGGAUUGUAUCGUAGGCGUUUCACAGCGACUACAGUGAGAAGUACGAGCCGGUGGACGAAUAGACGUACGUUGGUCCCGACCAUCGACGAAGAAGAUCCUACUCACCUCACAGGCUGCAUGACAUUCUCCCGUCACAGCUACGCCAUCCGAGCCGCCGAGCUUACGCACCCAGUCCCACCCAGCGACUUCCCCUCCCUCCGCCAAUCCUCUGAUGUCCUCUGCGCGCUCUGGGGAAAAGACGUCCCACACGCUCAACAAGGAAAUAUCAACUUCUUCCUGACCGUAUCCAUCGAGAACACUGCUGCCCUGCAAAUCAUACGGCGCGCCUUGGAGCAGACAAACAAUCUCCCUUCAAUUACAUCAGCUCAUCCGUUCACCACAACCACUACAAUUUACUUACGUCCGCAGAAAAAAAGGAAAAAAGAAAACUCAGUCAACAUACCUAGGAGAGCGAGACCUUCUUCAGUGCUCGUAUCGAAUGUGACCGGCAUUCCUGUGAGCAACCGUCCAGUACAAAGCGGGCACAAGUAUCAAAGUGAAGGCAGCAGCCGAGCACGCGUUCAAAACUGA